GUGGCUGACAGCAGCCCGGUGCCAGUGGUUCUGUACAGUGUUCCAGCUAACACAGGACUGGAGCUACCACUGGACACUGUGUUGGAGCUUUCUCACCACCCAAACAUUUUGGGCCUCAAAGACAGUGGAGGAGAUAUUACACGGAUCGGCUUGAUUGUUCACAAAACCAAGACACAAGAUUUCCAGGUUUUGGCGGGCUCAGCAGGGUUUCUGAUGGCUGCCUAUUGUCUUGGUGCUGUUGGUGGUGUGUGUGCCCUAGCUAACGUGCUAGGCCAGGAACUGUGUGAAUUGGAGCGUCUUUGUCUGUCCGGGAGUUGGGAGGAAGCCAGACUCCUGCAGCAGCGCCUCAUCGAGCCCAACGCAGCAGUGACCAGGAAGUUGGGAGUUCCUGCCCUGAAGCAGGCGAUGGAGUGGUUUGGUUUCCACGGCGGCGCUUGUCGAUCACCUCUCCAGCGGCUCACAGAGGCAGAGACACAGCAGCUGAAACAGGACUUUACCACCAACGGGUGGCUGUGAGGGGUCCCGAGCUGCGUGCACGACAGAUCAGGUCACGUGUGGCUUGUCUAACGGUGAUUAUGAUACGGAGUGGAAAUACAGAAUGAAUUUAAAUCUAAUACAGCUCCCUGUGAAAUUAUUAAAAUGUUUUUCAAUAAACAAAACCUGGAAGUCCAAACUAAA